UUUCAUUCAUCAUUGUGUUCUAUUCCCACCUCAUUUGCAACACUUUUUUCUCAUUCAUUUUACACCCUUUAAGUUUUCUUAAUGGCUUCUUUGAUACAAGAAACUUGGGCAACCAUCAAAACUCACCAAGAGGAUUUUGAUGAUUUUGAGUCCUUGGAAAUCGAUGACACCCUUUUAAUGUCGUUACUCGACGAACCACACGUCGAUGACGAGUGUGACAACGAGAAAUUAUCGAGUGUAAUCCGGUCUUUAGAAGCCGAGAUUAAGCCAAUUGUGAUUGAUGAUCAUGAUAUGAGUUUGGACCUAGAAUGGAAUGUUGAUUGGGAGGGUGUUCAUCAAUUUUCAACAACAAAUCAAAACUAUUCGAAAUCACAAGAUAUAGAAUAUAAUUGGAUAGAAAUGGAUGAUAUGUAUAUUCAAGGAUACGAAGAUGGCAUGGGUGGAAUAAUCGAGUUUGAUGGUGUUAAAGAUUAUUCCCAAAUUUCUUAUGGAAAUAGUAUUGAGGAGCAUGGUUAUGGUGCCUUAUGGCAAGAAAGUAAUUGAUGGAAUUCUCUAUAGAGGGUAUAGUAGUCCAUAUAUAUUUUUAUUGAUUGAUGGAACUCUUUUUUGUAAAUCAACUUGUAAGGUUUGUUGAUUUCAAUUGGCCUCUUUUAGUACAUCAAUUAACUAAAUAUAAAAGAAAAUAUUUAAUUAA